AACUUGCACGCUUAGAGAAUCAGUCUGUAUCAAAAUGUUGACUAUAAUCCUGAGUGUGAUAUUGGGUGCGCUCAUUUAUUACAAAUUAAUAAAACCGGCCAGUUUUUGGGAAGAAAGAAACAUCACUCACGCUUCAGCAUGGCCUCUGGUUGGAAGUAUGUGGGAGUCAGUUAUCCAGAAGAAAAAUGUAAACGAAGUAUCUACCGAUAUUUACAAUAAAUACCCAAACGACAGAUACGUGGGUUAUAUGCAGUUUACAGACCCAGUCCUCUUAAUCAGAGACUUGGACUUGAUUAAACAAAUCGGAGUGAAAGUUUUCGACAAUUUUCGCGACCAUCACGCUAUUGCUGGUUUUAACGCAGAACCUUUGUUCACUAAAAGUCUCAUAUUCUUGGAAGGAGAAGAAUGGAAGCAAAUGAGGGCGACUUUAAGCCCGGCUUUCACUAGCAGUAAGAUGAAAAAUAUGUAUCACUUGAUUUACGAAUGUGCUGAAAAUUUCGCCAAACAUUUUCAAGACAAAAAACAGGACGUUGAAGUGAAGGAUAUUUUUUCGAGAUUUACCAACGAUAUAAUUGCAACGGUGGCAUUUGGCAUUCAAAUUAAUUCUUUGGAAGAACGUAACAACGCGUUUUAUUUGAAUGGAAAAUCAGUGACUUCGUUUAACGGCAAACAAUUACUUAAGUUUUUUGUGGCACAACUAGCUCCACAAAUUUUUGAGUUUUUCAAAUUGUGUGUAUUUGAUCAAAAUAGUGUAAAGUACUUUUACAAUAUAAUCAUUGACAAUAUGCACAAGAGGGAAAAGGAAGGAAUCGUUCGGCCCGAUUUGAUUCAUUUAUUGAUGGAAGCCCGUAAAGGAAAACUUAAACAUGAUAACAGUAAUAAUGAAGGUGGUGAUGGUUUUGCCACAGUUGAAGAAUCCGACAUUGGCAAAAAUUUCAAAAAAAUGGAACUAACAGACGAACUAAUGGUAGCCCAAGCUUUACUCUUCUUUUUUGCUGGUUUUGAAACUGUUUCAACUGGUGCCAGUUUUUUGGCACAUGAAUUGGCCACAAAUCCUGACGUUCAGAGGAAACUACAAGAAGAAAUAGACUCGGUACUUGAGGAAAAUCAAGAGAAAAUUUCAUAUAUAACGAUACAAUCGAUGAAAUAUCUCGACCAAGUUAUUUCCGAAAGUUUAAGACUUUGGCCACCAGCUCCCCAAACUGAUCGUUUGUGCAACACCGACUUUGUUCUUGAGCCAACAAAACCACACGAAAGACGAUUUACGAUUGAAAAAGGUGUUACAAUAAUUAUCCCGUUUUAUGGAAUACAUAGAGACCCUGAGUACUUUCCAAAUCCGGACAAAUUCGAUCCUGAGCGGUUUAGUGACGAAAAUAAGGCCAAAAUUGUGCCAGGGACUUAUAUGCCGUUUGGUGUCGGUCCAAGAAAUUGCAUUGGUUCGAGGCUUGCUUUGUUGGAACUGAAAACACUAUUCUUCCACUUGUUAUCAAAAUGUGAUAUUGUGACGAACAGCAAGACGGUAAUUCCGCUUAAAAUCAGCCCAAAUAAUGGGAAUAUUACGCCAAAAGAAGGAAUCCAUCUAACAUUUAAGCCCAGAAACGUGGCCUCAACUUGCAAGUUUAGAGAAUCAGUCUGUACCAAAAUGUUGACUAUAAUCCUAAGUGUGGUUUUGGGUGCGCUUAUUUAUUACAAAUUAAUAAAACCGGCCAGUUUUUGGGAAGAAAGAAACAUUACUCACGCUUCAGCAUGGCCUCUGAUUGGAAGUAUGUGGGAAUCGGUUAUUCAAAAGAAAAAUUUCAAUGAAAUAUCUGCCGAUAUUUACAAGAAAUACCCAAACGACAGAUACGUGGGUUACAUGCAAUUUUCAAACCCAGCUCUCUUAAUCAGAGAUUUGAAUUUGAUUAAACAAAUCGGAGUAAAAGCUUUUGAUCAUUUUCACGACCAUCUUGCGUUUGUUGGUGUCAAAGCAGAGCCCUUGUUCAGUAAAAGUCUUGCUAUUUUACAAGGAGAGGAAUGGAAGCAAAUGAGAGCGACUUUAAGCCCAGUUUUCACUAGCAGUAAAAUGAAAAAUAUGUAUCAUUUGAUUUACGAAUGUGCCGAAAAUUUCGCCAAACAUUUUCAAGGCAGGAAAGAAGAUGUCGAAGUGAAGGAUAUUUUUUCGAAAUUUACCAACGAUGUGAUCGCUACAGCGGCAUUCGGGAUUCAAAUUAAUUCACUAGAGGAGCCUAAUAACGAGUUUUAUUUGAUGGGAAAAUUGCUGACUACGUUCAAAGGUUGGCAACUAAUUAAGUUUUUUUUUGCCCAGUCAGUUCCCCGAAUUUUUGAGCUCACUAAAUUAAACAUUUUUAAUCAAAAAGUUAUAAAAUAUUUUUAUGAUAUAAUUAUUGACAAUAUACACAAAAGGGAAAAAGAGGGAAUUAUUCGUCCCGAUUUGAUUCAUUUAUUGAUGGAAGCUCGUAAAGGAAAACUUAAACAUGAUAAUAGUAAUGAAGGUGGUGAUGGUUUUGCCACAGUUGAAGAAUCCGACAUUGGCAAAAACUCCAAACAGUUGGAACUAACAGAAGACUUAAUGGUUGCUCAAGCUUUGAUUUUCUUUUUCGCUGGUUUUGAAACGAUUUCGACCAGUUUCAGUUUCACGGCUUAUGAAUUGGCCACAAAUCCUGACGUUCAGAAGAAACUACAAAAGGAAAUAGACUCGGCAUUUCAAGAAAAUCACGGAAAAAUUUCAUACAAUGUGUUACAAUCAAUGAAAUAUCUGGACCAAGUUGUGUCCGAAAGUUUAAGACUUUGGCCACCAGCUCCCCAAACCGAUCGUUUCUGCAACACCGACUUUGUUCUUGAACCAACAAAACCAGACGAAAGACGAUUUACGAUCGAGAAAGGUGUUACAACAAUUAUUCCGAUUUAUGGAAUACAUAGAGACCCUCAGUACUUUCCAAAUCCGGAUAAAUUCGAUCCUGAACGGUUUAGUGACGAAAAUAAGGCCAAAAUUGUGCCAGGGACUUAUAUGCCGUUUGGUGUCGGUCCAAGAAAUUGCAUUGGUUCGAGGCUUGCUUUGUUGGAACUGAAAACACUAUUCUUCCACUUGUUAUCAAAAUGUGAUAUUGUGACGAACAGCAAGACGGUAAUUCCGCUUAAAAUCAGCCCAAAUAAUGGGAAUAUUACGCCAAAAGAGGGAAUCCACCUUUCGUUCAAACCCAGAAAAAUAAACGGGAAAAUGUAAAGUGUUUCGUAAAUUUAUUACUUUCACUGAACUUAUCAGUGAUAACAAUGAUUAAAAAUAACUUUGUUUACUUGUUGGACUUAUCAAUUUUUUUUAAUAAAAUAAUUAAACCCA